GUCGGGCGGGGGAAGCUACCGCUUAUACGACAGCUCCGCUUCCUCGUCUUGCUUCUGGCAAAGCUUCUACUUUGCUUGCGCGAAAGUGCUUUUCGCUAGGUCAAAAAGCUUCCGGCAAAGCGAAAGAAAAGAUCUGAUCCAACAGAAAUCCGCAUAUUGAGCGCAGCUGAUAUGCGGCUACAGCUAGGCGAUCAUAUCAUGCCAUAAAAGACUUUGAUAUGUAUAAAGAGAUCCCCUAUAUAUACAGAUAGAAUAGAUGUUUAUGGACAGACAUUCCAUUGAUUCUGAGUUUUGGGGCUGAAAAAGCUCGUCGAUCCAAACAAAUGAAUCAUUCUUCUGGUAUCUCUGCGCCCCCCGCCCCGAAACUGACCCACAGCACAGCGCCCAUUCGCUUUGCGCGCGGGGCGGGGUUCCUCCAGCUUCGCUGAAGAAGCUAGGUUCCUCCGUGAAGUUCAUGAGACCGCGGCGGAGUGGAGCAGCCGCGACACUCUUUUUCUUUAGCUGGAUCUCGCUGGUGCCACCUAAACGAUCAUGGCCUUACCACUCGGUCCCCGAUGGCCAGCGGGGUAUUCGGUAUAGCAGCUCACGUUCGUUUGCGCCUUUCCGCAGGACUGGGCACAUGUUAGCUGUAGGAAGUAUGGUUCCGAAAGUGACUUCGGUUCGCCAGUUCAGGCUCAACUCCUCGCUUUACGUUAGCGGACCUAUGGCUCGGGCCGGGGCUCCGCGCUCUUUCUUUCUGUGUGGGACGAGCGCGCCUUCCCUCCUUCUAUAA